CAAAAUCGCCGCAUUUCUAGAUUACGGCCGGGUGGCGGCGUGGCGCGGGCCGGCCGCUCCGCCCCUUCCUCCCCAUUCUGUCGCUCCGCCGCCCAAAUCCACCGUAAGAAAGGGGGCCUCCUCUCCUCACCUACUCUCUAUCUCCUCUCGAUGGCCUCGAGCUCGGGCGGCGGCGGAGGCGCCGAGGGCGGCGUUGGGGAGGGGCCGACGAUGCUGGACGAGCUGUACCAAAUCAACGUGGUGCCGGCCGAGCUGCACUUCAAGUUCCGCAAGGAGCUCCAGGGCCUCCGCGUUGGCCUCAACCUCGAGUUCUAUAACCUUGAGGUGAAUGAUUUCGAGGCGAAGAUAGUUCUUAAGCCCCUGGACUACGACCGCAAGUGGAAGUUCCAGUACAAGCCCAUCAGUGGUGACAUACAGCUGCUUUCCAAGAAGAUACCAGUUACAAAGUUUCUCAAUCUACAGGUUGGCAUUGGUCACAAUUAUCAUCUGAAUGCAACUGGAUGGAAGUGGAAGCUUUCUACUUGCCUGGGAGGAGAUGGAGUCUCUCAGAUAAGAAACAAAUCAAAAUUCAGCAUGUUCCCAGGGUUUGAUUUGAGAAUUGGAUGGAAAGCUGAAUACGUGCUUCCUGAGAUUCAUGGGGCGGUUGGCACCGGAGAACCUGCCUUCAGUAUGAACUACGGACGACUGCAAGCAUCUAUAGAUCGGAUUGAGGCUAUAGUUACUCAGUCAGAUCGGUAUUGAUCUCCUAACUCCUAUCAUGGAAGUCGAAGCAAGAGGAGUUUAUCGGCAACAGUUAUAUUUGUUUUUGAGGUUUUUGUAUCUGAUGUACAGCAAUUAGCGAACUGUUCUUUUAGGACUACUUGAGUACAUUGAGUUUCUUCAAACCCUUGCGCGGCAUUUCUUGUUUCGGAAAGCAUAAUGGAUACUGUUCAUGCUGCC